AUGGAAAACUCGUCGCUUGACCGUUUGGCGCACAUCGCCAACAUGUCACAUGACAUGCAACAACAGGAAGUCGCCGUGAAAACAGAGGCGCCGACCUCGGGCACCCUGUCCGAAACUGGGCACAGGACUCCCACGCUCGCUCAGCAAAACAAAAUGAAGAAGAUGGCGUGCACGUGUUGCAGGCAGCAGAAAUCCAAGUGCGAUGCCCACGAACGGCACCCGCUACCGUGCACGCAGUGCGCCAAGAAGAACCUUGUUUGCGAGGUCAACGCCAGUUUUCGGCGCAAGGGCAAACGCGCACAUUUGGCACGGAUCGAGCAGGAGUUCCUCGAGUUGAAGCGUUCGUUCCAGGACCCGCACGCGGCCGAGGAUCUCCAGCGAACGGCCCCCAACUUGGCAGCGUACGUGGAGUCGGGCCGCUUUUCCCCCAGCAAAACACCGCGAGCCGUGGACUCGCCGGGCCCCUAUUUCGUGCCGCCCGAGACGCUCAGCGCCCCGAGCGGCGUCACGCCGCCUCUCAACGCGAUGUUGCCGGCCCCUCCGCGCCCCAGCCUACCGAUGCCGCUCGUCCGGGCCAUGGACAUCCCCGACCAUGUGUUGCAGUGCGAGGAGAAGUCCGUGGAGGAGAUCGUGCUCUCGCCGCAGAUGAUCCGCGAGUUGUACAUGGAGUACGUGCGGCACUACCACCCCAUCUUGCCCGUGGUGGACGUGAUGAAGGGCCCCGAGCGGCUCCACCGGCUCUGCCCGGCGCUUUUCUGGGUGGUGAUGUUCGUGGCGCUCCGGCGCUACGACGACGAGGACAAGCUGCUCCUCUUGCGGCUCUCGCCGCUCGUCAAGAACAUCCUCGCGGAGAUCUCCAUCUCGCCCAUCACGCGGUACCACCCCACGGAGGAGGACGAGCCCAUCUUGAACGCGUGCUCCGUGUACUCGGUACAGGCGUUCAUCUUGUACUCGCUCUGGCCGCCGCUCACGUCCUCGCUCAGCGCGGACUCGUCGUGGGUCACGAUCGGCGUGGCGCUCUUCCAGGCCAUCCGCAUCGGGCUCCACACCGCCGGCGCGUCGCUGCCGCAGCACGCGUUGGCUCAGGAGCAGACGCGCACGUGGCUCGUGUGCAACAUCGUGUCGCAGAACAUCGCCACGGCAUUCGGGUUCCCGGCGUACGUGCAGUUCGACUUCCUCGCGGCGCAACACUGCGGGCUCCCGGUGGCCACGCGCCACGCCAUGGAGAUCGCGCACUUCGAGGACCAGGUGGCCCGCACGUUGGCCGUGGGCUCGGGCGCCGGCCCGGGGCCCUCGCACAUCAACGAGCGCGUGGCGCUCGCCAAGGUCUUGCUCAAGCAGUUGGACGACUUGGAAACACGGCUCGUGGCCGAGGCCGGCGCCGACGACGGCCACCGCCAGUUGCACUACCUCGUGGCCCGCGUGCACUUGCUCACGUGCUACUUUCUCGAUGCGCAGAGCAUCCCGCCGCCCGAGCUCUCGCAGGGCCUUGUGCGGCUCUUCAACGCGGCCGCGGCGCUCUUGGCCCACGUGGACGCCUGCGAGGCGCGUGCCCGUGUGUUCGUGCGCUACUUGCCGGUGGUGUCCGUGCUCCACGUGUGGCAGGCCGCGUUUGUCGUGGUCAAAUUGGCGCACUCACCGUUGAAGGCCGUGCUCGACGUGGCGCACGCCCGGCGCACGUACCUGGCCGCCAUCCGCUUGGUGGGCCGAGCGUCCGUGCUCAAGCACGACAUCGCGUACCGUGCCGCCGGCAUCAUGCGCAACAUGUGGCAGUUGCUCCGCACGCUCGACGAGCAGAACUUGGCCUCGCUCCACUUGACGGUCAACACGCGCAUGUCCGCGUCCGUGUUCUUCGACUGCCUCUCGCUCCUCCGCGACAAGGUGGGCAUGGCCAAGCUCCACAUCCAAACGGACGUGCACAGCCACGCGGCCGCAGACAUGAAUGCGGACGAUGACGACGACGGCCUGCUGGAGGACACCGACGAGCAUGCGCCCGCGCCUUUGCCCGACGCCGCGGGCGGCGACAGCCAGAAGAGCACGCCCGGAAGCACCGGCAGCCUGGGCCGUGUCCGGCGCCAGCGCCGGCUCUCGGGCGUCCACGACGCCGAGUCCAAGGCGCGCAAGAUCAUCCGCACCAUCCCGUUGGACCCGCAGCCCAUCGCCGCCACAGGCCGCAGCUCCAUUUUCAAGGUAGUCAACGCUAGCACGGGCUCCUCGCCCAACUUCAGCGACUUCUACGCCGUCAGCGAUACCCUGGCCUCCUUGGAGCCGAGCUUGUUUGACAUGAACAACGACUUGCUCUGGAAGGACGUCGACAGCCUCAUGAACGACUUUGGCUUUCCCACGUGA